AUGUCACAGACCUCGAGAGCCCAAGAAGAAGCUUCCAGCACAGAGUUGGGCCGGAAAACCCGCCAGCCUGUCAUCUUUUGUCGGUUUCUUUCAGGAAUGGUGGUGAAAGAAGAAAUUGAUCUUCAUGAGAUCCCUUAUAUAGCUUUCUCUCAUGUUUGGGGUAACGCUGACUGGACCACGCUCAACAUAAUCACAGACCAGGUCAUGGUUUCCAAGUCCAAGGCUCGCUUCUUGGAGCAUAACCUGCAGGACCUUGUUGGGGACAGUUACUUUUGGAUGGACGUUCUAUGCAUUGAUCAAACAAAGGAGGAAGAAAAGAUCAAAGUCACAUCGAUAAUCCCGCAGAUUUUCGAACGCGCUCAAAAGACCAUUGUCAUCCGGGACGGGUCAGGUUAUAUUUCGUGUUGCGCACGCGCCUUUGGCAGCCUCUCGAGCUGGGACGACUACAAUGCUGGUGUUCGUAGAUGGUGCAAACACUGGACUGACGAACACAACUAUCACUUACUGAAGGAAGGGGUUCUGGAGAGAUUGUGGCCUCUCCAGGAAAGCAUAUUAUCAAAUCGCAUUCAGUUCGUCACAUGCGAAGAAUGCCAUUUGACAUCUAAUGAUAUGGACUGGGGAAGAGUUCUCAGCGGUCAAAGCGACAUAUUAGCUAACGUAGACCGUUUGUGGACCUUCUCCAGGGCAUGGGCUUCGCACGGAAAGGACAAGCAACCGUCGGCGGACGAGCGACUAUCUUUUAUAUCUGCCUUCUUGAACAAUGGAGAGGUCUCGCGGGACUUUCCUGAGGGACCGUCUCUAUCUGGUGCUAUAGAAGAUGGAUUCUUUAUUCAAAACAACAGUACGCGAAGGACCACCAAGGCAAGAGAUCUCAUUCUAUCAACCAUGUCACAGUAUGACUGGUACUCGGCGCCAUCACCUCAAGUCGUGCGAGGUAUGGGUUUCGGGCGUCUUUUUCAAGAUUGCUUUUCGCAAGCAAGGCAUGCAGAUCGCGCAACUCUACCCAAGAUCACAGCAGGGAUGGUAGGAGAACAAGGAACUUCAUUGGAAACGUCGAAUGUACCCGAGCCAGAACUCCUAGGAGAUCUGGUUAAGUUAUUUGGGCUGGCGACUGAGGGUGCACUUCAGCACGAUGCAGAUUGUGCACUAGGAGUGGAACUAGGCCCGGUCGUGGUUCGCAGCAUUGAAUCAUGCGACAUGUCAACCAUUUUGCGGAUUUUGGAAGGGAGUCUUGAGUUCUCAGAGUUCGCCUGGGGGCUCGCUCGCAGGGGAGAAUUGAGCCUGCAUAGCGCCUGGCCAGACAUUAAAGCCAUUUUCGCGGCCGAGGACGAAAGGGAAGACGACGAAGAUACAUCAUCCAAAAAUGAAAAUCUGCGUCAUCAAAAUGCCAUUCGAUUCCUCAACCUCAUGGUCCUCGGGUUCUUUGACGGAGGUGGCACGAAGAUGGAUGCCGACUCGUUCAAAAGGGAUCUUAUUUCAAGCAACCCAUCGAAGUUCAGCAAGACUUUGGUCCGGUUAGGCGCAUUAAUCAGCUGUGGAAUCGGCAUCAGCGCCUACAUGUGGUCUAAAACCGCCUGGACUCCUGUCCAUGUUACCGUAGGCAAGACUGAUCUACUCGGAAUGAUAUCUUCCCGUGAGCUGGCGAACAACUCGCUCCGUGAUGAACAUCACUUCCGCCUUGCUCAUCCGAUUUCUUCCAAUAUGACCAUCACGUACAAACACGCAGUUAUCACUCGUCCAGGCGAAGGGUUGAAACCGCGGCACCGAUGUAUCGGACUACUCCCUGCAUUCACGGAUAUGAACAUGGAUAGAGAAGGAUGGUCAAGGCGAUAUGAGAAUUUGGGUUUCCCAAAAGUGCCAACCUUUAAGGUUGUCGAUUUAAUGUAG